GAGCGGGGGCGGCCAUCCGGGCACCAUGGCGGCGGCGGCGGAGGAGCUGGCGGGGCGGCGGGGCCGGGCGGCGGAGCCGGGAGCGGGGCCGGGCAGCCCCGGCGGGGGCAGAGUCGGCUUCGAAGGGUCCCCCGGAGGAAGCCGCCGAGUCUUCAGCCCCGCCGCCGAGUUCCGCGAGUUCUCCCGGCGGCAGCUCCGCGACAUGGAGCGGCUGUUCCGACAGUACGAUGCAGGGAAGGAUGGCUUCAUUGACCUGAUGGAGCUGAAGCUGAUGAUGGAGAAGCUGGGGGCUCCACAGACCCACCUAGGCCUGAAGAACAUGAUCAAGGAGGUGGAUGAAGACCUGGACAGCAAACUCAGCUUCCGGGAGUUCCUGCUGAUUUUCCGCAAGGCAGCGGCGGGGGAGCUGCAGGAGGACAGCGGGCUGCACGCCCUGGCCCGGCUCUCCGAGAUCGACGUCUCCACCGAGGGGGUGAAGGGUGCCAAGAACUUCUUCGAGGCCAAGGUGCAAGCCAUCCACGAUGCCAGCCGCUUCGAGGAGGAGAUCAAGGCAGAGCAGGAGGAGAAGAAGAAGCAGGCAGAGGAGCUGAAGCAGAGGAAGGCAGCGUUCAAGGAGCUGCAGUCCACCUUCAGGCAGUGAGAGGAGGCUGGCAGGCAGCCGGGCAGGACUGGGUUGCGGUGCCCGGGCUGGGAGUGCCCUGCGUGUGUGUGCCAGCCGUGCCGGGAGCCGUGCCCCAGCUGCGCGCCACUCCUGGCUCCCCAAAGGCUGGGCCACCACUUUGGGCCUGGCACAGAGCCUGGGUGGCCCUCACCCCCUCCCUUUCCCCCUCCC